GCCCAUAGAAAACCAUAUUUGCCACAUCUGUAUGACGUUCGGACCUUUGACUGUUUAUUCGCCGCUGGAUCUUGAUCCUGUUACUACUUACCAGCAUUAGCCACAAUCCAUGCCAAACUGCGCUAUGUCAACCCCAUCUCAGCCUCUGCUAGCCUCAUUGCUUCCUGUAAGCCCAGAUCAAGACCUCUUGUACUGGAAUAGCAAGAGGUCUGUUGGCUUGACACCAGAACAAGUCCAAGGCAUACUAAGACGCGCCCGAUCUGGUGACUUUUGGCUCAGCACUCCUGAUGUGCCUGAAAAGAAUGCUCUGAGGGUACUGGCGCUGGCCAUUGACCCCGAAACAGGCGAUUCUCUCUUGCACAUUGCUACUACGUUUACGGGCGAACGGUUGGGUGUGCAGAGAGUCAUUCAUCAAACGGCCCAGAAAUCAUGUGGCUUAGAUCGCAGCCGUGGACCACGCGAGCGCGCUUCAAACACUCUUGGUUCACCAUAACCAUGCCGGCGAUUCUGCCUUGCACAUGGCUGUUCGGAGCGGCGUGCAGAAAACCGUCACGCUUUUAUAUCGUGCAUUCUGGAGCGCUGGCUAUUCGCGCGAUAGUCUAGAUAUCACGGAUAACACUUCGCUGCCAGAAUUUGCAAAAGCGAAGAGCUACAUGUCGAAUAUCGCGAAAAGCCUCUAGCAUGGUUGAUGUUGAGAAAUAUGACAGGGCAAACUGCUGCCGACGCAGCUCGUGCUGCGGGCUAUAUUGAUGUUGCGGCGUGGUUGGACAAAAUUGUCACGUUCGCUUCAACGAGCGAGACAUCCCGAGAGUGAUUAAGAAUGGGUUUCAAUAGUUUAAAGUAUAUAGUGCUGUAAAAAUAAUUAAAGCGGGCUUUAAUUUAGAAUUAAUAGAGUAGUUAAGGGCUUAAAGUUGAAUCUAAGAGUAGUUGUAGAAUAGAACAGGUGAAUUAACUAUUAUAUAUCUAUCCCGGUAGU